AUGUAUUCAUUGCAUUGUUUGGCUGUGUUGAGUGUCGUGACACUCUAUCAAUGUUUGGCUGCCUCCGAUCGACCUGCUGAAUGUCCACAAACGGCCUCCUUGCAACUGAAAGUGGACAACGAUGGGACAACAGCCUCAAUCAGUGUGGCCUACAGCAGUCACGUGGAACAUCAGGAAGGGAAGAUUCUCUACUGUGAGUGCACAUACAAGGGAGAUAUGGGCACAGCCAUUCAGGCCAUGCCAGAUGUCAAAACCAAAAUCGUCUUUUAUUUUGGCACUUUUGCUUACAUGAACAAAGUGUAUGCCCUGGACUACUGCCACCACGAAGGGAAAGCAAACAUGCAAGCGGCCUGUAAGAAGAUGAAAAAAGGUAUCGUGACCACCAUCGCCGGCACCGAUUACUUCGUUACACCGAAGUAA